GCUGCUGUUUUGCCUGCAGAAACCUUGAUGGAUUCUACCACGGCGACGGCCGAGCUCGGCUGGACGGUCCACCCGGUUUCAGGGUGGGAGGAAGUGAGCGGCUACGACGAAAACAUGAACACCAUCCGGACGUACCAAGUUUGCAACGUUUUCGAAUCCAGCCAGAACAACUGGCUACGGACCAAAUACAUCCGAAGGCGGGGAGCCCAUCGGAUUCACGUCGAGAUGAAGUUCUCCGUCCGCGAUUGUAGCAGCAUUCCUAACGUGCCGGGAUCUUGCAAGGAGACCUUCAACCUUUACUAUUACGAAUCGGAAUUCGACGCCGCCACGAAGAGCUUUCCCAGCUGGAUGGAGAAUCCGUGGGUCAAGGUGGAUACCAUCGCGGCCGACGAGAGCUUCUCCCAGGUCGACCUGGGCGGGCGGGUAAUGAAGAUCAACACCGAAGUCCGGAGUUUCGGGCCCGUCUCCAAAAACGGAUUUUAUUUGGCCUUCCAAGAUUAUGGGGGUUGCAUGUCUUUGAUUGCCGUCCGCGUCUUUUACCGCAAGUGCCUACGCAUCAUCCAAAACGGCGCCAUCUUCCAAGAGACGCUGUCCGGCGCGGAGAGUACUUCUCUGGUGGCCGCCAGAGGUACGUGCAUCCCCAACGCCGAAGAGGUGGACGUGCCGAUCAAAUUGUACUGCAACGGGGACGGCGAGUGGCUGGUGCCCAUCGGACGCUGCAUGUGCAAAUCCGGUUACGAGUCGGUAGAGAACGGCACCGUCUGUAGGGGCUGCCCGUCUGGGACGUUCAAAGCCAACCAGGGGGACGAGAGCUGCAUCCACUGCCCGAUCAACAGCCGGACAACGUCCGAAGGAGCCACCAACUGCGUCUGCCGGAACAGCUAUUACCGCGCCGACUCGGAUCCGCUGGAAAUGCCGUGCACCACCAUUCCUUCAGCCCCCCAGGCCGUCAUUUCCAGCGUGAACGAAACCUCCUUGAUGCUGGAAUGGACCCCUCCUCGGGAUUCGGGGGGCCGCGAGGAUCUGGUUUACAACAUCAUCUGCAAGAGCUGCGGCUCGGGGCGGAGAGCCUGCACCCGCUGCGGGGACAACGUCCAGUUCACGCCGCGCCAGCUGGGCCUGACCGAGCCGCGGGUUUACAUCAACGACCUCCUAGCGCACACCCAGUACACUUUCGAGAUCCAGGCAGUGAACGGGGUCACCGAUCAGAGCCCUUUCUCGCCUCACUUCGCCUCCGUCAACAUCACCACCAACCAAGCGGCUCCUUCGGCGAUCUCCAUUAUGCAUCAGGUCAGCCGGAUGGUAGACAGCAUCACCCUCUCGUGGUCUCAACCGGACCAGCCCAACGGAGUCAUCUUGGAUUAUGAGCUCCAGUACUAUGAGAAGGAUCUGAGCGAGUUCAAUGCCACGGCGGUCAAGAGCUUCACCAAUACGGUGACCGUCCCAAACCUCAAAGCUGGAACCAUUUACGUCUUUCAGGUGCGAGCUCGCACAGUGGCCGGCUACGGACGCUACAGCGGGAAAAUGUACUUCCAGACGAUGACGGAAGCCGAGUACCAAACCAGUAUCCAGGAGAAACUACCUUUGAUUAUCGGUUCCUCGGCGGCUGGUCUGGUCUUCCUCAUCGCUUUGGUGGUUAUCAUCCUGGUUUGCAACAGUCCAUCUGCCUACCGCUCAGCCCGAUGCUCUCCUUCCAGACGGCAUGGCUUCGAGCGCAACGACUCGGAAUACACCGACAAGCUUCAGCAUUACACCAGCGGCCACAUUACUCCUGGGAUGAAGAUCUACAUUGACCCCUUCACCUACGAGGACCCCAACGAAGCCGUCCGGGAAUUUGCCAAGGAGAUUGACAUCUCCUGUGUAAAAAUCGAACAGGUGAUCGGGGCAGGAGAAUUUGGCGAGGUCUGCAGCGGCCACCUGAAGUUGCCGGGGAAACGGGAAAGUUUCGUAGCCAUCAAGACCUUGAAAUCGGGCUACACCGAGAAACAGCGGAGGGAUUUCCUGAGCGAAGCCAGCAUCAUGGGUCAGUUCGACCACCCCAACGUCAUCCGCCUGGAAGGGGUGGUGACUAAGAGCCCCCCGGUUAUGAUAGUCACCGAGUUCAUGGAGAACGGCUCGUUGGAUUCCUUCCUUCGGCAAAAUGAUGGACAGUUCACCGUCAUCCAGCUGGUGGGCAUGCUCAGGGGCAUCGCGGCUGGCAUGAAGUACCUGGCGGACAUGAACUACGUCCACCGCGACUUGGCGGCACGCAACAUUUUGGUGAACAGCAACCUGGUCUGCAAAGUUUCGGACUUCGGCCUCUCCCGCUUCUUGGAGGAUGACACCUCCGACCCCACCUAUACCAGCGCUCUGGGCGGGAAGAUCCCCAUCCGUUGGACGGCGCCCGAGGCCAUCCAGUAUCGAAAGUUCACUUCGGCCAGCGAUGUGUGGAGCUAUGGAAUUGUCAUGUGGGAAGUAACGUCCUACGGAGAGAGGCCUUAUUGGGAUAUGACCAACCAAGACGUCAUUAAUGCAAUCGAGCAAGACUAUCGAUUACCACCGCCCAUGGAUUGUCCGAGUGCUCUCCAUCAGCUCAUGCUGGACUGCUGGCAGAAGGACCGCAACCACCGGCCGAAAUUCGGACAGAUAGUCAACACCCUAGACAAGAUGAUCCGAAACCCCAACAGCCUAAAAGCCAUGGCACCCCUUUCCUCAGGGAUUAAUCUUCCUUUGUUGGACCGGACCAUUCCAGACUAUUCCAGUUUCAAUACCGUCGACGAGUGGCUGGAAGCCAUCAAGAUGGGCCAGUACAAAGAGAAUUUUGCCAGCAACGGGUUCUCCAGUUUCGACUUAGUUUCGCAAAUGACGAUGGAAGACAUCUUGCGAGUCGGAGUGACGCUGGCUGGGCACCAGAAGAAGAUCCUGAACAGUGUCCAGGUGAUGCGGACGCAGAUGAGCCAGAUCCAGUCCGUGGAAGUUUGAGACGUGCUUCUCGCACUCGCGGUCAGGGGUUCGGAGGUCCCGCUCCCUCAUUGUCCUGGAGCACGUCCAGGUUUCCCACGGGCCUCAGGGCUUCCCAAUCCAAGACGGACGCGGAGCGCCCGAGCGGCCACGGACUCUGAGCAAAUUAGAGCCACUCUGGAUUUCUGAUUUUGGAGGACACGUCCAAACCACACGUCGGUGGCGUGGACCUUCUCCUCAAAGGGCUAAAGUUGGGGUAGGGACAGCAAGCGGCCCUUCUCAGCCCCCCCCCCUUCAACCCUGUCCAUCCUUCGAAUGAGCCGUUCCAGCGUCGCCGUUGACACAGGAGGUCCCCGAGCAUCCAGAACGGAGCUGUGGAGGCUUCGUGUCAUCCGGAGUUCGGUGGACGUGAUCUUUGGGCUGGACCAAAGAAGGGGCCAGAGACAGGAGGUUUUACUUACGGAUGGGUCUUUUGAAACCCUCUUUCCUUCGAAGGACAGAAACAUUUUAUUUUAUUUUUUACAAAUUUUGAUGUCCUCUUCCACCUUCUUCUUCCCCCACCCCCCGGGGUCUAAAGGAGCUUCCUCUACGGUUCAGAUCGGUCCUUGAUCGAGUUGGGAUUGGGUUCGAAUCUCGGUGCUUCCCGGAACCCCGUUCCUCUUUUGCAUCCCCCCGAACGGCAGCUCUUGACACACUCGCAAUGUUCACCAGGCCUUCCUCCUUUUGUAGCGUGUUGUAGACGUUGUGGUGCUUUUCUGUUGUGGUUGUCCAUGACUUCUCCUUCGUUUGCAACGGGGGUCCCCAGGGGGUUGGGGGAGGGGGCUGUGUUGUUUUCACCCUCCUCCGAAUGCAAAAUAAUAAUAAUAAUUUGUGUUUCUCCUGUCAAGGAGCCAGGCAUUGACACCAAGUUGCUCCUAAGUGUGUGUGUGUGUAUGUUUGUGUGUGUGUUGAGAGAGAGAUCCUAUUUUUUUUUCUCAUUUGGAUUUGUGCUGAUCGACCCUGCCAGAUAGAGGUACUCCUCGGCUUACAACCGUUUGCUUAGUGACCACUCAAAGUUGCGAAAAAGUGUCUCGGGAACAAUUGUUAAACAUGACCGUCACAACCUCCCUGCAAUCAUGGAAGCAAAAUUCCGACUCAUAUUUAUGACGGUUGCAGUGUCCCGGGGUCAUGUGAUCCCCUUUCGCGACCUUCUGCCAAGCCGAGGGAGAAACCCGCUUUGAUUAACGGAAGUGUGACCAAUUUAACCACAGCUGCGAUCUCCUUAACAACGGUGGUGAGAAACAUCAUCAAACAGGGGGACAAAACUCGCUUUCACAACCAUCUGGCUUAGCGACAGAAAGUUUAACCUCGAUUGCGGUUAUAAACCGAGGACUACCUGUAGCCGAAGCGCGUCGAAUCCGCAAAAGCAAUUAUAAACGAGCGAGCGUGUUAUGCAAAGCAAGCCGCCGUCAGGAAAGUGGGUUAGAUUCCGUGUCUUUGCAAACUGGGGAAAUUGUUCCCACAGGGCAGACGAGAAAAAAAAAGGGGGGGGGAGAGAGGAUUUUCCUUGCAGCUUUUCCACAAAGGCAGGAGGAAAUUAAUUUUUUGCAUCAGAAGGUCUCCUUUUAGAAAACAACACACACACACACAGACAGAGAGAGAGAGAGAGAGAGAGAAAGCGAUUGACGUAUGCCUGCAAAUUCUUUUAAGAGGAGGGAGCUUGGCUCGGCCGUGCUAAAUUAUUCCUGGUGAGUUUGCUGAAAUCAUUGGUAUUUUGCCCUCCCAGCCACUCACCUUUUCAUUCUAAUUAAGAUGUGUGUGUGUGUUUUUUUUCAUCUGCAAGCUGGCUUAUAAAGAGCUUUUUCCAGCGUCUUUUAUCCGUAGUAGACUUUGGUGAUUUGAAGAUGGGUGGACUUCAACUCCCACAAUUCCCCAGCCAGCAUGGAGAAUUCUGGGAGUUGCAACGUACAACCUGCUGCAUGAGGAAUUCUGGGUGUUGAACUCCAUCCAUCUCCACGUUGCUAAGCUUGCAAAACUUAAGUUGAAGUUGAAUCCAGCCUCGAUUCUACAGCCAGCAUACGUGGACUACAACUCCCAGAAUUCCCCAGCCAGCGAGGAGAAUUCUGGGAGUUGAAGUCCACCCAUCUGCACAUUGCUAAGCUUGCACAACGCUCCGUUCUCGAUUCUGCAGCCGGCGUCCGUGGACUACAGCUCCCAGAAUUCUCCACGCUCGCUGGGGAAUUCUGGGCAUCGAAGUUCACACCGCACUGUUGGUUUGUGCAACUUGGCUCUGUUCUGUGUGUGGAAAAUUCUCAUUCUCCCCCCCAAUUUACCGAAUUCACAUCCACCUGUCCCGAGGCUGCCCCGUUGCACCACACCGAGCAAUAAAACGCCAGGCUUAUGGGUAUGGUGAUCCUCCUGAGAGGAGGGGCUUUGGUGCGAGAAAGGAAUAGAAUAGAAUAGAAUAUUUUUAUUUAUAGACCGCCUUUCUCCCGAAGGACUCAGGGCGGUGUACAGCCAAGAAUAAAAUACAGGAAAAAAAAACAAUACAAAACUAAGGAGGCAAUUUAAGGAUGAAGGAUUGGGGAAAAAAAACACCAUCAAGAGCCUUUAAUCUGGAAAGCGACAUUAUUCUCUUUGGAUAAUAUAGGUUGCCAUCUUCAAACCAGUUGCCCGGAUGCAAAUCUGGCCUAAAACGGUGGAAUGCGGAGGAGAAGCGGCCGCAAACAGGAGCGAGUAUUUAUUUCAAGCGGAGAAAAUUUAAAGUUUUUCUUCUCUUGUCUGUAUUUUCCUUUCGGGAGGCAGGGGAGGGGUGCGUGGCGUGUGUGGAAUUGGAGGGUCCUGUACUGUGGACAUUCGCGGGACCUUCCAGCUUGAAGCUUCACGAAGAUGCGUCUCAGCUCAUCGCCAGUUUCCCUAUUUUAAGGAGAAACCUCCCCACUUCGUCUCCGGAGGGGCUACUCAUGCAACCUGUGUUCUUUUAAACCCUGACAGUAUUUGUAUUUUUUACAAAAGGACGGCGACAACCACAAAAAUGUGAAUAACAGGUGGUUUUCCAACCCUUGUCCCCUGACACCCGCCCCCAACAAGGAUGCGUCUUCCAUUCCAACCAGUCCUUCUCCGUACUCCACUGGACAUCUUUGCGGUGUCCGCGGGAAAGGGAAACCCGAUGUAUUUAUAAAGAAAACGCAGAACCCGUUACUCCGCGAUCUUUGUAGGAGUAUU